CUUGUGUCGUGUGUCGUUCCAGCAAGGCGAGGCAGGUCCCAGGUUGACGUGAACCACCAGGACGCCAGAAGCUCAAGGUAUCUGUAGUUCACAGGCGUAGGAGAGUCAAUGCUAAAUUUAGCGAGACUUGUCGUUGACUAGGUGCCGUUCAUCGAUCGGGAUUCCGCCUCCAACAAUGUAAUAAUAUCCGUCAGCUUACACAGCACAGUACUCUGUAGAGAGGCAGAGGAAACGAAGGAGCUGGUCGGCUGUUAGUCUGGCCCUUCUGAUCAGCGGCCAAGCUCUGGAACCCCCAACCCCCCUCACAGCUCGCAGCGUGUGGCUCAACGACAACCCUGCUGUUAUGUUAGUGUAGCGCCAGGCUCGGUGUUGGAGAUCAGCAGAAGAUGAGGAUGGCGAUGAGCCGCGUUGGACCGUUGAAAUCGAGCGAAGAAGGUCGAUCAAUACUUCCAGCGAUGAAGAGUAUACCUGGAAAAUUCGGGUUAGACGCGAUGCCACCGUGGUACACUGUAGGGUUGAGUUGUAGUCAGUGGUCGUCGAUCGAACGUCUCACGGAGACUUUGUGAUAUUGGGGUACGGAUAGUACCCUGCCAAGUAUUAGAUGCGCCGGAGCUUUGUGAGAGGAAAUCAAUCUCCAGGAAAGGAGGCUAGUAGGGGGUAGGAUUGUGUCUGCAGGGACCGAUCCAGUGGCAGACUGUCAUGGCAAGCCAUACGAUUGCAAUUGAUGAUGGCAGUGAGCGUGUGAUAGCUGGUAAGCAGUAAGGUACG